AUGAGAUUAUACGCAUACGACGAUAUUCCACCGAAUGCGCAGAUAACCGUAUCUUACCUUUCACAUAUCGACUUGAUCCAUACAUCCAAUAACAGACGUAAGAUCCUCUUGGAUGGAUUUGGGUUUCGAUGUCAAUGUGAUUCAUGUCAAUCAGCUCCAUCUCGAACGCUUUAUUCCGAUUUACGAUUGAAAGAAUAUCGAAAGAUCAGAAAUGAGUUCAUCAGUAAGGAUAUACAAGUCUACGCUCGAGAUAAGGAUAAAGUGUUGAAAGCUCUCAAUAGAGGACUAGAAAUACUGAAGACCGAGAAGAAGUUUGAUCAGUUGGGUGAAGUAUACGAGAAGAUUCAUGAAGUUCAUGCUAUUCAUGGGGAAUAUGAAUUAUCGAAGAUUGCUGCGAGUAAUGCGAUGGAUCAUUAUAGGAUAAUUUUAGGUAACAGGAAAGCGAAUAGAAGCUGGUUAGCUGACCAGAUGAUGGAUCCGACGAAAUAUCCAUUAUGGGGUAAAUUGAAAAAGCGCAACAAGAAAUCGAGAACGGUUAAAAAGGUGGUAAAGAGGAAAUCAAACUCGACAACAGAUGGGUGUACGUGCAAGUGUUGGUGUUUGAGUUGCGAAGUUCAAGAGGAUGAUGGAGAUGACGAGAUUUACGAUAUGGAAGAACCAGUGAGCAUCAAGAGGUCGAAGUCUCGGGAAUGGGACGAACAGUCAUGGGACGGGAGAGAUUAG